CAUCUGCAUCAUCAUCGCAGUCCCGCGCGGGUUAUAGACAAGGACGGCACGGGAGUGUUUGUGUUUGUAAACGUCGCGAACGUCCUCUACUUCCGCUCCCCUUUUCCGCGCUGCUGGGCUCCGGCGGCGGCGUGUCGUCAAGCGGCCGAUUUUAUAUAUUACUAACCCAUUCCACAUACGUAUAUUCCCGACGAGUAGAUCGCCGAGAGUGCAGAGAAAAGACCGAGCGGAAUUCUACAGUCGAGUCCUCGCUUAUAUUUAUCAUCGUCCAACGAUACAAAACGAAAACACACGCAUAUACACGUUGCACACACGAAGCGCCGGAUUGACGAGAAAACACGCGAGCAGCUCUUCCCCCCCCCAUACCCCUUUCUCGUAUAUUAGUUAGUUAGUCGCUUAUAGCCGGACGGUAUAUAGAUAUAUACACAAUACAUGUAGUCGCCGCGUGUUUACAGCAGCGCGGAGCGUAAACACGAGCACGAUCACUGUCAUCGUGUCUCCGAAGAUGCUUCGAUUUUUACCAGGAAGCGACGAGCAGCGAGCUCUAACCUAACCUCGAAAUCGGAGUCUACAGUGCGCGGAUACUGCAUAUUUCCGACGACGGUGUCUUUUCUUUAUAAUCGUCUCCUUUGACUCGAGCGCAUGCAAGAAGCGUAUCGGAGGAUAAGACAAAACGUAAACAACGAGACGGAGCAAUCGGACAGAAGAAUCCAAGGAAGAAAGAGAAACGUAAUACAAGGAGGAAAGAGCAUAUAUAAAUAAAGAGUCGAUGGACCGAAGUUCGAACGUUGCGCCAGCACGCGCCGCUCCGCGGUCUGUCACGUGGUAGCCACCCACGUUUCGCUGCUGCUGCUGCUGCUGCCUCGCGCACAUCGUCUGUGUUUUGUGGGUAAACAAGUAGGAGAGCGGAGCGGGUGAGUAUAGACGACGAGACGACGUCCGAGUGCCAGCGAGUAUAGUAACAUAGCUACAUACGGCGCUGGAUAUAUUAUAUAUUCGGGCUGAGCUUAGAUACCGCAACACCAACGGGCCGCUUGUUUUUCAACCGUCUCCGGGCCAGCUUUCCGCGGCUGUGUGUACACAAAAAAGCAAAGCGGCAAUUCCGCAGCCUCGUGUUUCGUCAGAGAACGAGAGCGGACGCGAGAAGCUAUACACUCGGCGGCGGCGAGGGAUCUAGAAGAGUGAGAAAGAGAGAGAAAAAAAAAACACGACGGAGGCCGGCCAUAUUACGCGGACGGCGCGACGACGACGAGGACCGCGAGAGAGAGAUAUUACAUAGGCAGAUAUACACGCGCACGUAUGUACACAAGAGUCCGCUGCAUGUGCUGCGGCUGCUGCUGAGGUUGGCUCCCCAAGUGCUGUGUCUUGUGUUUGUUUGUGUGUGUGUGUGUGUGUGUGUACGCGCGCGCGCGCGAUCUCCUGGGGUGAUACACGCACGCACUCUCUCGCUCUCUCUCUUCAGGGAGAGAGUUGUAGAGCGAGCUGGACAACAAUAACACUCGUGGACUAGCUGAGAUGUCAACCUACACCAGAACGCAGGAGAGCGAUGCCUGGGCACUGCUGGCUCUCAAGUCCGCACCAGCUAGCCCCUCCAAGAUGCAGUGGAAUCUCGAGGCCAAGGGGGCACCCAUAGCCAGGCUCGAGGGCAGAGAGUUCGAGUACAUGGUACGCCAGAGACGUAUUACCAUUGGUCGAAACAGCAGCAAGGGUGAGGUGGACGUCAACAUGGGCCACUCCAGCUUCAUCUCCAGGAGGCAUCUGGAGAUCUACUACGACCAUCCGUACUUUUUUAUGACCUGUAAUGGAAAGAAUGGUGUCUUUGUCGAUGGGGUUUUCCAGCGCAAGGGUGCUGCUGCCUUUCAACUGCCAAAGACGUGCACAUUCAGAUUUCCAAGUACAAACAUAAGGCUCGUGUUUCAAUCGUUGGUGGAUGAGCAGGAGCAGAGUACAGUGAGGGUGGCCUCACCACCAAAGCAGAGGGCACCGUUGCCACCUCUGCGAAUAAACAUACCGGACACCGGCUACAGCAGUCCCUUCCCCUCGCCGACCGGCACCAUCAGCGCAGCCAAUUCGUGUCCAGCGAGUCCACGCUCCGGUCAGGGGCGGCGGAACAUAUCCGCGGAUCUGCAGAUGGUAGCCGUCUACGCGGCAGCGGUCGCCAACGACCCACAGAAUUCGGCCAUUGAAAGGCACGACGCCGCGCAGAGCACGAGCAGACAGAUGAGUCCGGAACCUGGCACGGAUCCGCGAUACAGAGGUGGCGGAGGCGCUGGUGGAGGAGGAGGCGGGGGAGGCGGCGGCGGCGGUGGCGGCGGCGGCGGCGGCGGUGGUGCCGCAGGUGCUGCGACAGGUGCUAAUGGCAACGCAGCCGCACCACAGUACAGUCCACCAAAGGACGACUCGAAGCCGCCUUAUUCCUACGCUCAGCUCAUCGUUCAAGCAAUAGCUUCAGCUCCCGACAAACAGUUGACGCUGUCGGGGAUUUAUUCUUAUAUAACGAAAAAUUAUCCAUACUACAGAACGGCCGACAAGGGCUGGCAGAACUCGAUCAGGCAUAACCUGUCGCUGAAUCGUUACUUCAUCAAAGUGCCGAGAAGUCAAGAGGAGCCUGGCAAGGGAUCGUUCUGGAGAAUAGAUCCUCAGUCAGAAGCCAAGCUCAUCGAACAAGCAUUUAGACGGAGGAGACAGCGCGGCGUGCCUUGCUUUCGUGCUCCCUUUGGUUUGUCGUCGAGAAGUGCACCAGCCUCCCCAUCGCACGUUGGUAUCAGCGGCUUGAUGACACCCGAGUGCCUCAGUAGAGAAGGCUCUCCUGGACCGGAGUCGUAUCCAGACAGUUCGGUAUCUUCUCCAGCCGGUCAGUUGAAUAGUCAAUCGGCUCCAGGCUCUCCUGGUCAUCCAUAUGUGUCAGUACCACCCUCGCACAAAUCGCGCCUGAUGCAACAGAUCACGGUCGUCACCAACGGUGUCAACAACGAUCCCAAUCGAGAAGAAAAGUAUUUGCUACCAGGAAACGUAUCCGAAGAGCACGCUUUAUCUCCAGCUGGCCAAUAUAGUCCAGCUCCUGUUAUUGUACAAACAAGUUAUAAUUACAGUGGAAGCUUUAUGGGCCCUGACGCAGGCGUUGGGUUGGGCAAAAGAACUCACGAAGAGCCGGAUAGUUCGCCGGGUUCGCCAGCACCGCUGGCUAUAGUCGAGAGUCCCGAGCCGCCUGAGAUGCAACAGCAGCAGCAGCAACAACAGCAACAGCCGCUUCAACCGAAGCGCCAACGUGUACACGAAGCCGACGAUCAUUGAACAACAUCCGAAUUUGCGUAGCAUGCGCUAGCCACUUCAACAACCUAUAAUUUUCUUUUGUAUGUAGGAUAACGCUGUUUUAUUCGCAUUCACUUAAGUCGCCAAAAUGCUCUCGUCCGUAUUCCUCCCAAUAUAGUUUCCUGCUCAACGCAUUACGUCGUCGGUGCAUCAAUAUCAAUCGCUGCUUCGGGAGACAGAGAGUAUGAAAAAUAAAGAGAGAGUGAGGAAGAGCGAAAGAAUAUGAGAGGAUGCAGAAAAAAAGGAUAGUAGACAAAAGUUUUGAGUGGUCCAAUUUCCGAAAAAUAAAUAUAUGUUCGCUCGAUUCUUAGCUUUCCGUGGAUCGGUUCAAUGUUGUAUAGCGUCACCAGUUCAGCGAUCUUAAGUAAUAAGAGAAAGAAUCUUUGGUGACAAGAGAGACGAUGUAAGAGAAAAAACAUGCAGAAAAAAAGUUAUAUUUAUUUGAGAGGGGUAAAUGAUUUAAUAGUUGUUUCUGUCGCUUGAGAAGCGUUCUUUCUUAUUGAAUUGAUUUUUAAUUGACUUUGCCUACUGCUGCAAUGAAUUUUGAAUUUUUUAAAGCAGCUAGACAAACGACACGUUACGCGAAUUUCUAGGUAUAGUUUGUAAAAAAAUAUUAGUCUCUUAAAAAAAAUUAGCCCUUUUUCAUUUUUACGACUUGGUUCGAAAUCAAUUUUACUUUUCCAACGCGAAGCAAUUCAUUCAAAAAAUCAAACAUUUUUUGUUUAGUAAAUUUUUUAAUUAGAUUAUUAAUGCGAAAUUCCGAUGAUAAAAAUAAUCGUACCAGGUGUUUUUCUGGCCAAUACUAUCAUAACGUGCCUGCCCAAACAUGAGAGCUCGAGAAAAUGGGAGAGUAAAAGUGUAAGAUUAAUUCACUAUAUUUGUACCAAAAAAAGAGACAUUCAGUCAAAUGUGUAACAUGUACUUGUCCGAGUCUUAGAAUCGAUCAAUACUACAAAAUGAAUAGAUGACCUGAGAUCUCCUGUCAAAAGGAAUUGCAAUCGUAUCGUAUGCAAAAUUCUUUAAAGAAAUUGAUAUAUGUUUAUUAUAUAUGCUUUAUAAACAAACGUACAAUGUUAGAUGAUCAAAAUAUACUUAUCUACGUCUUUUACGGGCUUAUGACGGCAAUUACAAUGAGAGUUACGAUGAUAUCCUUUGAAACUUGAAAUAACAAAACGUCGAAUAGCUACACCAUUCUUCAAAAAUCAUAGAAAUAGAGUAUAAUAAACACAGUGAAAUACAAGUUACAGAGACAAAUUUGUAAAUUUUAGCAAUAAUCUUUAAAUGCUCGACACAGAAAAUAGAAUCCGAACAUAGACUAUCUCUUAAAAGGUCUUAAUUGUUAUAUAUUAGCAUAAAAGUCUAAACAUUUGUACAUCUCGAAACUUUUCUCUUCGUUUUUAUUAUUGUUUUUUUUAACUCUUCGCUUCGCAUCAUGGUUUCGUCCAUCUAUCAUAGUGUGCGUUUUCAAUAUUUUGCUUCGACAAUGCGAGAAGUUUUUCUUUUUUUUUUUUUUUUUGCAAACGACGCGUGAGUUCGAGAAACGCUACAUAUGUGCGCGAGGGAAUGAAAGAGAAAGAGAGGGGAAAAAAUAGGAAGAAGGUACGAAAGACAGAGGAGAAAAAGAUAAGAGAGAUAUAUAGUUUAAUGGAUUUAUAAAUAAAUGAAAAAAGUGAUAUUGAAUAGAAUUGUUAGAGUACGGAACGUCAGUCAGGAUUAUCCCUUUUCCGAGCCUGAGCUUAUAUAAUUUCGCACCAAAGUCCUCCUUUAUGACAUUUGUUCUUAACGAACUUAUUGGAAAGAUAAACGUACUAUAAGCAUAAGUUCUAAAGGUGUACACAUUAGCAUUACACGUAUUCGUAUAAACAAAAUAUACAUAAAUAUAUUAUAUAUAUGAAAUAUAUAUAUAUACAUAUAUAUAUUAUAAAUAUUAUGUUGAAAUAUAGGAGACUUUAGUCUUCGAAAUUCGCGUCCUUUUUUCUAAGCGAUGAUCGACGACUUUUGAAGUGAAGUUCGUAAAGAUUUUUUGUGUAAAAAAAAGGCAAAACUUACAACAAAUAAAUGAAGAAUCGUGAUAUUCGACUAGAAAAACCUGAGUUUAUUCGUUCCGAAUUAGUCUGUUAGGCUAUAAGUAUAUGUUCGAAAAGAACGUAGUUGCAAGUUGAGUUUUAUUAUAACUUCUUAAGAAUUUCACCCCCCGAGAAGGAGACGAUACGUGCAUGUGGGUUUAACCAAAGUAGCUUUACUUAAGGAUGUAUAUCAAAAUAUCGUACAUACAUGUGAGAUGACGAAAAUUAUUUUUUUAGAUUUUUAAAAAACGCACUUUUGAAAAAAAAAGAUGUCGAGCUUUGCGUCAUCAACAAGAUCAACAUUGUUUAAAUCGAAAUAUUAAAAACUAGUAUAUCAAAGAUAAAUUUACUUCAUUUCUUCGUGGACACACAACAAACACACACACACGCAUUGAUACAACACGUUUCCUCUUUUUUUCUCUAGAAAAAGAAAGGAAAGUGAGAAAGUGAUAUAUAUAUAUAUAUAUAUAUAUAUAUAUAUAAAUUAUAGUAGUUAGCUUGUCCAUACUUGAUGAUAUCCUGAAUGACGUGAUACCUCAUUAAAUUCAGAAGUUACAAAAGGAGAAAAAACGGCAGAACGAUACCUAGAAGUUAGUAGUUGAGAGCUACGGAGAAAAGGCAAAGCAAAGAAUAAAAAGCGAUGAUCAUGAUGAUGAUUAGACGUGCUUGAGUGUGUCUGAUUAUAUUAUAUAUAUACACACACACACACACAUACAUACAUACACACACAUAUAUAUAUAUAUAUAUAUAUGUGUGCACUUUUGAGUGAUGCGAGAUAUUGUGCGAUAAACGACAAAGAAAUAAACAAAAAAUUAUAUAAUAUGUCAAGCGAUCUCUAUUUUUAACACUAAGGAUAAAAAAAAGACGCUUGUAAAGCGAGUAAAGACGAGAGAUUAAUCGGUGAAGACGACGAUGAUUGAUAAUAAUAAUAAUAAUAAUAAUGAUAAUGAUAUUGAUAACGAUGAACGAUUCGACGCUCGACACGAUCUCUGCUCUUGGAUGAUCGAUGGGUCAAACAAUUUUCACGCGCGCUUCAUGCGUCGGCGCGCAAUUAUGUAAUUCUCAUACGCAUAGUCCACAACGAAAAAAAACAAACAACAAAAGCUCAAGUCUCGUCUUAUUUAUGUUUUUACAUCUGAAUUUAUCGUAUUUUGUACAUAAAUCAAUUGACUAUUCGCAACUCCACUUGUUACAAACCGCUCGAAACAGCAUUUCUUGCAUCUCAAUGUUCUAUCAUGAUUUAUGAGAGAAAAACAAGUUUUUGAUCGACCGACGAUGUUGUAUUAUUGAACAUAAAAAAAUAAACACAAGACACAAAUAUAAGAAUGUAGCGAACGAGAAAGACGCAAGCAGGACAAAUUCGACGUCACGCGCGCGCGCGUGUGUGUGUACUGUUCGUAUUCGGGGAAAAAAGUCAGAAGCAGAACAAUAUAUGUCGCAUCGUCGUGGUACACACACACGCGCGCGCGCACACACACGUUCGGCGAAAGCUAUAGAGGAGGACGAAAUAUGAAAUAACGCGUGUGUUUUGUAUAGGCGCACGAGCAAGUAUUAAACGAGUACUCGACCAAUUGUGAUUGAUAUCUUCUGCGAUAGGCGGAAAUCGAUAAUAAUUGUGAGCGUACAAUAAGUCCGAGCGUACGAGGGAGUUCGAGAAGCGGUUGUUGGCUUUCGGCUCUUUUUUUCGUAUAAUCGUCACUGUACAAAAAAAAAAAAAAUCUGUACGACGACGCAAAAAACGAGAGCAACACAUCGCGAAUCGAUCGUUUGGCUGUUCUUCGACGGAGGACAUGCGCAUGUAUGUAAACGAGGUCCUCCGAUAUUUUGUAAAAAAAGGACGCGAAAUGCAGACUCUCUGCGAGAGGCAUGUGAAAGAGAAAAAUAAGAGAUGAUAAUAGCCGGAAAGAAAUAAUCAACACUGACGUAUAAGCACUGCGUAAGCAAACAAGUGCCGUGACGAGUAAUAAUAAUAAUAAUUAUAAUAAUGAUAAACGAUAGAAUAAUAACCGAAAAUAAAAACGCAGGAAAGAGAGAGAGAGAGAGAGAGAGAGAGAGAGAUAGGAGCUGGCGUAACAUAAUACAGUAAUGGAUAAUUUAAAACUUCGAACGGAGAUCAAGAGUCGCGGCGAUGAGAUGAGAAAAGAGUAUAUUUAGAUUUCUGGUAAUCGAUAUGAUUCUCGUGUAUAUGCGUCUCUGUUCGACAUCACUCCUCUGUAUUUCUUCAUUUUCUCCACCAGUACCUAGACAGAAAGAAAAAAAAAACGAAGAAGAAAAAGAAAGAAAAGAAGAAACCACACACGUCACUUACUUGUCGCUAAUAAAAUUUAUUGAACGUUA